AUGGAAGCUUGGCGUUAUACGGCGUUAAACGCGCACUUUUCCAAUCUUCAACAGAAGCUGUUGUCGACAAUGCAACCUGCCAAGUAAGUUUUCAUCUCCUUGGUCUAAAAUAUUACGAAACAGAGCAAAAUAGCGCAGACCAUCGCGUUUCUCGGUUUGGCACGUAUUCAGAUACACGUAACGGCUUCGACAACACGGAGGUACACGUUCGCUUUUCUAUUUUUGACAUAAGUAGUGCAACUUUUGAGAUUCGCAGAUGGUUUUUGGUAUGAAUGAGGCAAGAUAGCGGCGAGGCUUUUUCUGGCGUGUUGAAAAUUUAAGUGAAUUGAUUUAGAUUCACCUUAGAUCGCAUUACUGUCAGCGAUCAUGAAGUCUUGCAUGUGCGCAAACCGAGUUGAAGGCUGUUAGGCUUACGCAGAGUCUCGCGAGACUCCUGAAUGAAAAUUUAAUUUCAGAAAAUUCAUCGCUGAAUGGAACCACUCAAAUCUUGUGGUGUAAAAAAAUCGAACAUUUUCUAUGCUAGAAUGCGUCAUCUGAAAACUUAUCACUUAUCUUGAGUUGUACGCGACAAGUGCCAUGCCUUUGGACGGUGGGGUGGGGGCGGCUGGGGGGGAGGAAGAGGUAAGGUAAUUGAUCAGCAAUAAAAAAAAAGCUACCAGCAUUGUCACAUAGUUAUUGCUGGCCAAAAUUCCUGCACACUCUGGAUUCAAGAAUUGCCAACAAGCAGGUACACAUCAUGAUCAACACAAGCAAUUCUUUGCUGGCAAGAAACUUAGAGGCCUUGUGGAAAGGAACCCAGCUUCAGGGCUGGGAGGGAUCUGGUUCUUUUUAUUGGGCAAAAAUACCUGUGCUGCAGCCCAACUAACUUGCAUGUGCUUGCAGGGUAAUUCUAGAACUACACAAUUCUCACCUCCAGCUGUGACCAACAUGCAUCUUCUCCUUACAAUAUCAAUAUAUUUUCCCACAAGCAGGUAAUGAGAACAAACCAACAUAUCUGUUAGAGGAUGUUACCUCAUUGAAUGUAAUGGUCAGACAAAUGUAAGCAAUACAGUUGUUAGAAAUAUUUCAAAUAAUGUUUCAACCCUGUAACUCCCAAGAUCUCAUCAGUAAUUCUCCUUACUAUCUGCCAUACAGUUCUUGUGAUGUUAAUUUGGAGAAUUUUGUAUUGGACAGGGCGUGAAAUUGCGCCUAAUACAGGCGCCAAUGCGACUAAAUUUUUCACUUUGGCGACCAAAUCCUGAAAGUUAGUCGCCAAAUUGGCGACUACAACGUUUCAUCAUAACCUUACCAAGAGAUAUAGUGAAUUAAAUAAAUUUGCAAAGAUAAAUCCGCGGCAAACUUCCUCGUUUAGUUUGUUUCCAAAACGUAGCACAUGCAUCUCGAUCGAUAACUAGACGCCAUCUUGGAUUUAGAUGAGCCGGAACGUUGUAUAUCUUACAUCCUAGUGUCCACUUUGUAGCACGUUAAAGAUCUUUUCCCUAACUUAAUUUUGGAGGGUCUAUCUAGAACGCUGACAGCGUAAAGAAAGAUUUUGUUUGUCUUUGAAAAUGGCGAGCAACUUUUUUUGAAUUGGCUACCACUUUGAAGAAUUUAGGAGCCAAGUGGCUAUCAGAAAAAAAAGUUAAUUUCACGCCCUGUUGGAUCAACUUAUAAUCCCCUAAUUGAUAUUUUACUUUAUUCUCAUCACUUGUCUGCUUGAUAUUGUAUUGAUAUUGUGAGGAGAAAUUCUGUCUUGGUCACUUAUGGGAGUUAAAGGGUUAAUGUUGUCAACUGAUCAUUUGUUUCUCACAGGGAUAAAAACUCAGGUACUAUGGAACCAAUGGAGGCUGACCUCUACAACAACAAUGUAACCAAUUCGAAUUCUGUUCGUAAAAGAAAAGCAACAGAUGGACAGCAAAGUGAUGUUUUAGUGGUAAGGCUACAAUAUUAGGUCCAUUAAAAGAGGCCUUUGCUUUGUUUCAAAAUUGUAAGCCAUUUGAUCAGACAUUUCCUCUGUUAGGAUUCUUUUUUACAACAGUUCUGAAAUGUAUAUCAUUUGUAAAGUAAUAUGCAAAUGAAAAUAUCAUCUGGAAUUAUGGAAAAAUUUCUUUGGGUUUUUAAUGAAAGACCUCACCAUUAAAGUUCAUUUUUGGUUCAUGAACUAUCAGUUGAACCAAACUCCUUGAUAUAAUAUACUGUUCUUCAUUUUCUUUGGUAAUUUUAGUCUGGGAGGUUCUACUGUGCUUUUUUUUUUUUUACUUGUAACAUAAUAAAAAAUUUAAUUCAAAUUAGAAUUAAGUCCUUGAAUAAGACACAUGAAAUGAGAUUAAAAAUAACUUGUUUUGGGUCCAUUAAAUCAUAGAUCUUCAGAAUACGAACAACUAUGAUUAUUAAUCAGGUGAAACUCAUAAAGAUCAUUUUGUUAUCAUAAAUACAAUAAUUACCUCUCCCCCCCUCUACAAUUGAACUUAAUUUAACUAGAAUAUUAACAAUAUUUUUAGGAACCAAUUAGCUAAUUAAAUCUUCUACAACUCUUAAAAUUUCAGAAGAAACAAGCAUUGAACAUGAUGACCUGAAGCAGAUGUCUCAGUAACAGUUCUAACAUAUACAUCCUCAAGUCCUAGAUGAAUUUAAAAACAUUUUAUAAAGUCCAUUUUACACAUGCAGAUCACUUUUCCCUUAUGAUGAUUAGAGAAAAAAAAGCAUUCUUUAGCUGCAAGCUUGUAAAAUAGUGAUACAAACUUAGAAAUUUAAUUAAUAUAUGAAAUAUUUUUAGUGUAGUUAUACUAUAUAUUUGCUGUUAACUCUAAAACUAUACUUCUGCACAAGUCUUUGUUCCUUGACGUAAACAGAAAAAAUUAACUGAUACUAUGACAUUUUCACAAGUAGCUUUUUUGAGACAAGCAACAUAGGGUUCUCCUGUUGUAUCUCCUAAACUUGUCAUUAAAAAUGACUUUUUUUUCUUUCAAACUCUAAGAUUAAGCAGCCCUUUCUAAGAAUUAACCAAUGUUAUGACGUUUUCAUAAGUAAUUUUUUUGAGACAAGCAACAUAGGGUUCUCCUGUGUUGUAACUCCUAAACUUGUCAUUAAAAACAACUUUUUCUUUUAAACUCUAACAUUAAGAUUUAGCUGCCCUUUCUAUCAGUUUUUACCCUUUUUUAGCCAGAUGUAAACCUCUAAUUUCCAUGGUGAGAAAAAUAUGUUUCUAUUUUUGAAGUCUGUUUGACAAAAAUAUUUUUGCAAAUGACAUUUUCAUUGCAGUUGUUUUAUAGUCUUGAAAUAGACAAUUCAAAUGUAGACACACAUACAUGUUUGGAGACUUUCUCAACAUCAUAUCUUUAGUUACUGUGUGGGAGUGAUUUGAAACCUUUAUCUCACUCUUAAACAGGAGUCAACAACUGUAUCUUGGUUUCACUUUAAAAAGUAGAACUAAGAAAUCAAACCUAACAGUCUUUCAUUGUUAUCGUACAUUACAUUUUUUAAGCAGUAUGAUGUAAUCUUGGUGUGUAAACAAUAAAAGACUUGUGAAUAAUUUUUAAUUUCUUUAUAGCAAGUUUUGGGUUAUGGGAAACACUAAGAUAAGAGAAUGUAGCUUAGACAAAUGUUUCAAUGUUUACGGAUCUACUUUCCAGUAAUGUGCCAACUAAUAUGGGCCAACUGAUUCAAAGCCUCAAUAUCCCACCCCCAUGGGCAUUUGACUGUUGUCUGAGCCCUGGUGAUAGGGAAUUGGACUCUUCUCUAGAUUGGGUGGGAAAAUUAAAUUGGUGGAAUACAGGUGUUCAAAAUCAGACAUGUAAAUCAAGUGAGGCCAGGUAUACCAAAAUAAUUUAGUUCAGUUUUCCGAGCUUUUGCUGAUCUGCAGCAUCAUCAGGGAAUGAUGAUCAUUCCCUGAUGAUGCCAUAGAUUGGCAAAAGCUCGGAAAACUAAACUAAAUCAUCGUAGCAUACCUGGCCUCACUUGAUUUACACGUCUGACUUUAUAACACUAUGCUACUCAAGGACAACAUCCAACACAGGUGUUUAAAUUUAAUUCUGGAGAAGUUUAAAGAGAGUGACUGCUUCCAUAAGCAAAUAGCAUUGAAGAUGCUUAAAAGCAAGAAAUCAGCAAAUUCUUCAACAUUUGUUGAUCACACAAAGAAUUAUUCAAAACAUGCAUUUAAGUGAUGCAUGUGAAUGCAGUUUUGGCCUUUGGGAAGGAAUUUAUACAAAACCAAUUUUCAAACAUUCAGUUGCCCAGGGAGAAAGGGAUGUUAAAGUUUUCAAAUCAAUCAACAGCUAAUUCACAGCUUCUUACAUAGGGAGCUAUGAAGCUUGCAUUUGCCAAGUGGUGGUGAAAAACAUAGAGACAUUUGGCAGACAAGUAUCAAAAGGGAGGGAGACUUAAUUUCAACUAUAGUGAAUUUUUGAAAUGUAGAAAUUCAGUUGAAGAGUCUGGAAAUACAUGUGUCAGUGACAAACACUGGCUGACCCUAUAUCAACACCCAACAUCACAAUAACAAUUCCCCCUUCUGUCUAUUCUUCAUUUCUUAAGAUGUUUUCUCUAAGAAUUUGUAGUUUGAUCAAAUGAUAUCCCUCUAGGGAUAUAUUUCACUCUUUUCUUGUUACCUUCUACUUGACUAUGUAUUGCUACUGUAAGGAGAAAUUUCUUUUUGGUCGGCAUUGGAGAUCAAAGGAUUGAAAAACACGUUAUGAAUGUUUGGUAGCUGCUAGUGUCGUGGUACAGAAAGUUGAAGUUAAAAUUGCACAGCAGUGAUAGGACAUCCCACUGAUUGUAUGCCAAUUACAAAUAAAAGACACAUUAAGAAAUCAAUCAUAAUCAAGGAUUUCAUCACAUUAUGAAUUAAUGAAUAACAGUGUCACUUUCUUUGUUUGUAGGAGAAAGGUCUAAAAUUUGACAGGCCGUGUGUAUGGACAAAUGGCUCUUGUCUGAAAUUAGAUGUCUACACCCAGACAGAUUCUUCAUUUGUGUCAGACAACUACACAAAAUCUCUGGUAAGAGAUGAGGCAGUUAUGGAUUACUUUUGAUUUGUUUUAUUGUUAAAUGCAGGAAACUGCUACAAUUAACCAAUCAAUGGCAGUCAAUACUCUUAUCAACAAUGAUAUUCCUAAUCACAGUGGUCAAAAUGUUGUUGACCACAGUUUUUUACCACAAUAUCGACAUCAAAUAAGAUAAUUCUCUUAGUGCAAGACCAUUGCUUGAUGUAGGCAGUGUUAUCUGUACAUUUACCAACAACAGCAAAUUGGCCAAUGCAACGUUACUGCUAACUGUGUUAAAAAGGGAAAUGUUUUGUGAAGGAAAUUUUAUCAACAAGUGGUUGUCAAUCUGACUUAAGGGAGCUAUAUGUUAGUCUUUUAACUCUCAAGAUCUGUUUAUUAAUUCUCCCCUCUAGUUGCUACCCAUUUUGUUGUAAAUAUGUUACAAGAAUUUGGUGCUAGAUCAUGAUAAAACUUCUACCUGAUAAGUUUGCAUAUUCUCACUACCUGUUUGUUGAAUGAGUCAGGGAUAUUAAAGGGAGAAGUUACUUGUUAAUCACUUCUGGGAGUUAAAGGGUAAAACAGCACUGGUAAUGUAUUUGUGGUUAUGUGGUUAGUUUAUGUCUUGAUCUCCAUUGUAAUUGUUUUUUUUUUCUCUUUUUAGUAGUUUAUUUUAGUAGUUUAUCAUAUUGUCUACCUCGAUUAGUCUUUUGUCAGUGAAAUGGUCCAAGCCAACAGUAAAAGGCUGGAAAAUAUUGAAAAGUUCCUGGAGGCCUUAGACUGUAAGAUUGAAAGUUUUCUGUCUGGUGAAUCAACACGAGAAACACCAAGAAAGAAGGGCCAUGUUCAAGACUCGUUUAGAAAGACGGAGGUGGGUCAUUGAACACGUUUGAUUGAUUGCCGGGGAUUGUGUCUGGGAAAUUGUGCGGCUUUUAUUUAUGAAUAAACUUCUGACAUUCUCUGAGUUUUUCUAGCUUAAUUCUCUGCAGGAGUCAAAAGUAAUCAGAGGAAAUUACCAUCCUCCUUAUUCGGUUUAGUUGCUCAAUGCGAGACAGGUGCCACGUAUUAGGGAGUUAAAAAAACCACGAAGGCAACGGCAACGUCAUUAAACGAAAGGUUUAGUGAUCAGAACAAUGGCUGCACACGAGCGUUAUGAAUAUUUGCAAACUUCUUUGUGUCCUCUGCAAAACUUUGCGUUGUCUGGAGAACGUGAACGACGACGGCUAAUUUUUUUUGAAUUUUUAUGUCUAAUUCAACGCUGUAUUCCAUGUUCAGUUUCGAAAUAGUUUUGACAGUGAGAAACAAACUAAAUGACUUUACAGUAUCGCGAGAUUUGUAGGUAAAAUAUAUUUUGAAUUUUUAACCGACAUUGUCCACGGCGUCGCCGUUGUCGCUUCUCAAACUCCCUAUUAACUUGGCGUAGUUCAUUGUAGGAUUCCCUGUGACUCAGUGGUAGAGCAUAGCAACAGGAAAUGCGGAGGCGUGGGACUCUUUCUCGUGGAGGCUAAUAUUUUUGUUUUCCUUCCAUUUUGUUAGACGGCACAUACACCUGUAUUAAUUCAUCUUUCAGUAAAAUAUAAGUAAACACUAAUCAACAAUUAAACCCCAAUAUCACUAUACAUUUUUUUAUACUGUUCUCUGUUACAGUUUUUAAGGUGCUGACGGGGAGAAUUUGUUUAACAAUCAAGAGCUUCUUUAGUUGGUGAUCAUUUCCUUUAUUCUCAUGACCUUAAUGUGUGAUUCAGGGGUGAUAUUGUAAGGAGAAACUAGAUGCUGGUCAAUUAGUUACUCCACCAUACUUCUCUUAUACAAAUAUAGCAAAAUGAGUGCAUAAGUUGAAAUAUUGUUUCUCAGAUGAAAGUACGAGAGCCUCCAAUACCUGAGGGAGACAGUGAUAUGUCUGUGCUCACAGACAGGAGCAGUUCAUUUACCACUGCUGUAGGGAACCCCAGGGACACCAGUAUGUCAAGUCCCGCUGACAGCACCAAGUCACCCAGCAUGUGCUUGUCUCCUGGUGUGAGCUCAAAUCAUGCAAGCUCCCCGGUCACAACUCACUCAUUCGUUGCAUGGAAUCAAGGUUACCAUCAAGGCUUCGAUACCAUGGCAAAGCAAAUCCCACAGGAAGGGCGGAUACCAAUCGUAAGGCAAGGGGCUGAAUCAGUGGCAAGGCCUGUCAUCAUGGCGACAAAACCGGUACCAGUCUCCAGGGAGACAGAAGCAGAUCAUUCAUUAGGUGACGAGGAAGGGCUGGUGCCAGUCAUAGUGUCACUUGGAGAUAAUCCACCCUCUCAUAGAGACAAAAAAUGUGUGUCAACGGAAGUGCCUCUAAAAGAUAUCAUAAACGGUGCUCCGUGCGCUAUGGAAGGUAUACAAAAUUGCACUUUCUUAACCCCUUUACUCUACACAUCUCAAUAUUAAUGCUCUGCACUGCUGGUUAGGAGAACUGCCUAGGCGUGGUCAUCUUUGUUUUUUGUUCUUGUGCAAGAGACUUUACCCUCAAAAUCUUUACCCUUACCUGUCUGGGAGACCCAAGGGGGAGGGUACCUUCACUGGAAAAGUCCUCCUUUCAAGGGGAGUGACAACACUCAAUUAAUCCAACGGAGAGAUGGGUCAUUAUUGUCGUGUUCAGACUUAACUCGCUUGAUUUGUUGUCCACAGGUCUGGAAAACAUAUCAUAUUCUCGCGGCUGUUGGCUUGGAGACAGGAGCAACCCUCAGUCUCGUGUGUGGUACUGUGGCAAUCCCAAAAUUCUAGGGCGCGCCGAGGCUUCAGGAUCAAAUCCCGCCAAACUGUCUCUCAAUUUGCUGGAGGCGUUUUUUGUUCGGGACGAGAUGGCUGCGUCAAAUAUCAACGGAGCACGUGGCAGAGAGUUGCUAGAUCCAAUAAAAAUAAAGGGAAUUCAAGGUUAGUUGUGAACUCUGGGGGUGGGGGAAGGGGGCUGAGCGAAGCUAUGUCUUGAUUUGUGUAUCGGAAAAAUUAGGCAAAGUUCGUCAUUUCUUAUUUCUUUCAGUCUUCCCCAUUCCCAGCCACACUUGUUUUCUCUUGGUUUUUUGACAGCUUUUUUGCGUUCCUUCAUCACACCGAACUAAGAAAGAUUGAAAGCUUUCUGUUCCUCACUCUCAUUUAAGUUGAAUUAACUUUUCGCGUCUCCAAAAAUGUUUUGGAAAAUGUGACGUGACGCAUUUACGUUAGUCAGGUUGAUUGCCAGCACAGGAGAUGCUUCACUAUUUUUGUCCUUCUUUGAUUAACAUUGUCAAUCUUUUUUUGGUGUUUUCAUCUUUCUUUAAAAAAAAUUAUUUGUUUAUUUCUCUCUAGCUCACGUAAACUACAAGUUUCCAAUUAGCGCCGAGAAAGAAGAGCUGCGAUGGCAGUUUCUGAAGCCAAGGAUUGAUAGCAAAUGCCGUGCACAGCGCCGUUUACAGCGAGAAGAACAAUUGAAACGUAUGAAUAUGCCCCGUGUGGUUACCGCCGAGCGGACUGCCCGUUCCCGUGUACCCCGGCUUGAUCCCAAGGAAAAAGACCAGUUGCUGUACGGCUACAACAGAAACAUACCGAAUCUCGGGCUCGGUACACCUCGGGCGCAAGUUGCCGCUUUGGAUGAUCAAGGGACUGGAGUGGAUGUUGGUGAUAGCCAAUUGAGUGGUGAGAAUGGUUUCAGCCAGUUACAAGCCAAUGAAGCAAUCGUGGAAAUUUCUGGAAUCCCUGUGACAGUUAAUGAAUUGAACCGAUAA